AUGUCGACUGAUUUAAUUUGGCUUCUUGUCAAGAAUAAUAAUUCUUUUUUGAUAAAACACAAUGGUGUACAAUUCUCUUCUGAACCAAAUAAUUUGACCAAUUCGAAUUCCUUCAAGCAUUCUGGUCUUGCCAAUAAGAAGUCAAUUGGUAUAAGUCCUGAACCAAAGGGUAGAGGUGUUGUUGUUACUACAAAAACUAAAGGUGUAUCUUACAAACCUGCAAAAAACACUCGUAAAGUCGUUUUGUCCAAAGGAAUUCGUAAAUCAGCUAAAAGUAUAGCUAACUCUUUAACUCGUGCUGGAUAUAGACCUGAUUUACGAAAGGAAGCUUUGGCUCGUAUGUCAGCCAUCUAUGAAUCACAAAAGCCUAAUAAAGUCCAUAAAAAGAAGACUGGCCGUCGUCAUGCUAAGAGUGCUAAGAAACAAAAAUAA